AUGUGUGUAGCAGAACUUGAGGAAAACAUGGAACAUUCGUUUGCCAUCGCCCGCAGUAAAGACAAAGCAUGUGGGAUAUGUAUGGAAAUCGUGAUGGAGAAGCAGCCGUCCUCAGAACAGAGAUUUGGAAUCAUGUCUGAUUGUAACCAUACCUUCUGUCUUUCCUGCAUCCGGAAGUGGAGAGGUGCUAAACAGUUUGAAAGAAAGAUUGUCAGAGCAUGUCCAGAGUGCCGAGUUAAUUCCAACUUUGUAACGCCCAGCAAGUACUGGGUAGAAUCAGAUGAGAAGAACAAGCUAAUCUCUGGCUAUAAAGAUGCAUUACGUAAUAAAACUUGCAAAUACUUCAAGAAUGGUUCGGGAGACUGUCCCUUCAACGACAAGUGCUUCUAUCUUCAUGCUUUUCCUGACGGAACAAUAGCAGAACCCAAGCCACGAGUCAGACGAAGACGGCAGAAUGCGGAUGGUGAUAUUGACGUGAUGGGUCGGGUCAAUCUCUGGGACUUCCUGGAGGAGUAUGACAAUCGCCUGGAUCAGCUGUUCCUGUUAGAGCUGGAGGCGGAGCUGGAUAAUGUGUUGCUCGACAUCUGGUUUACUGGGGAGGAGUCGACGGACGACGAGGAGUUUUGAUAAUCCUCCUUAUGUAUAGUUUGUCAGUUACAAUGUGUUAAGAUGAUGUUCAGUUCUAGCUACAUCAGUUUAGUUUGAUUGUUGACUUCUUCAUGUCACCAGAGUUAUAUGAUAGAAUUGAAAUGUUUUGCCACGUGUCUUGUUUGUUUGUAUCAGUUGAUCAGAUUAUUGUAGAAUCACAAAGCUUCAUUCAUGAUUUAUGAACUCAAGAUACGCUUCUAACUCACAUGAUACGUUCCUAAGUCACAUGAUUAAAUACAUCAUAGUCAUAUGACUUCUUCAUUUCAAGGCAUGCGACUAGGCGGUAUCCAGUUCUUCGCUGAACAGAUGCAAGUCACAUGACUAGAUGACAUCAAGUUAAAUCAUGUGACUGCAAUUUCAAAUGAUAUGACAUGUAGUUAAAUGGCACAUCUGUAUUUGGGUUAUGAUAUUUAU